AUGCCCACCGCAAACGCCUCCGUCGCCGUCUCCGCCCCCGGCAAAGUCCUCCUGGCCGGCGGCUACCUCGUCCUGGACCGCGCCUACACGGGCCUCGUGCUGGGCCUGAGCGCGCGCAUCAACGUGGUCGCGGGCGAGAUCCUGGCGACUGCCGAGGGCGUCGAGCUCAGGGAGAUUGUCGUCGACAGCCCGCAGUUCCUGGACGCGCAGUGGCGGUACGGGUACCAUCUUGCGCCGGAGAAGGGGGGGAUCAAGGUUACUCAGCUGCAGGUCGGUCCCACCAUCUCGGCCAACCCUUUCGUCGAGACCACGCUGAGCUACGCCCUGACCUACAUCGACGCCCUCGUGUCGUCCACGCGCUCCCGCAAUGCCAUCAAAUCUUCACGUCUCAUCAUCCUUGCCGACAACGACUACUAUUCCCACUCUCACGCGUCCUCCUCCGGCCGCUUCGCCAAGUUCCCCGUCACCCUCCAGGGCGCCAACAAGACGGGCCUCGGCUCCUCAGCCGCACUCGUCACCUCCUUAACCGCCUCCUUGCUCACCCACUACCUGCCCUCCAGCGUCUUCGACCUCUCCUCCGCCAAGGGCAAGAGGACGCUUCACAACCUCGCCCAGGCCGCGCACUGCGCCGCCCAGGGCAAGGUCGGCUCGGGCUUCGAUGUCGCGGCCGCCGUGUACGGGUCCUGCACGUACCGCAGGUUCUCCCCCGGCAUCCUGAGCGCGCUGCCUGAGCCCGGCGCCCCCGGCUUCAGCGACAAGCUCCUCGCCGUCGUCGAUGGCGAUCAGUGGGACGUCGAGGUCCAAGACGACGGCGUCAGCCUGCCACCGGGCGUCGUCCUGCGCAUGUGCGACGUCGACUGCGGCAGCCAGACCGUCAGCAUGGUGAAGAAAGUCCUCUCCUGGCGCGCCCAGGACGAGCAGCACUCGACCGCCCUCUGGAACGACCUCCAGGCCAGGAACGACGCCCUGGCAGCCACCCUCAAGGCCGGCGACCUCGACCAGCUCCCCGACAAGCUGCGCCAGGUCCGCGAGCUGAUCCGCCAGAUGGGACGCGAGGCCGACGUCCCCAUCGAGCCGGACUCCCAGACCGAGCUCCUCGACGCCAUCAGCGCCCUCGACGGCGUCUACGGCGGCGUGGUGCCCGGCGCCGGCGGCUUCGACGCGCUGGCCCUGCUGAUGCGCGACGACGACGAGACGCUGGCCCGCGUGCAGGACUUCCUCGCCGCCUGGAGCCGCGAAAAGGACGCAAAAGUGAAGCUCUUGGGGGUCAAGGGGGAGAUGGAGGGGGUUCGCCAGGAGAGCUUGGACGUGUACGACGGGUGGCUGUAG